CUUGAAGGUACUCAAUUGUUCAGACUCAUUGGGUCCCUGCUUGCGCAGUCUUGGUCCUGCUCGAUCGUGCUUCUCCUUGAAGUUGUUGCCUUCUGCAGGAAGAACACCUGUAGAAUAUUCUCUGGAGCGCAAGGGAGAAAGUUGUUUGGUAACCUUGUGCCAGCAUCAAGAAGCAUGGCUUCCUCCGUUGCUGCGUCAGGGCUUGCCCGGGCCGCUGUGCUGGCCCCCCAGUUCAAAGGACAGGAGUUGAGGAGCUCCGGGAAUGUGCAGAAGGCGUUCCAGGUUAAGCCCUGUGUUGCCAGGACAACGUGCUCAGGGGAGAAGACCCCCGUGCAGCAGUUCGUGAAGAAGGUUGCGGAGGCAGGGAAGGCAGCGGGGGUGGUUGCCGCUACCUCCCUCCUAUUGGCACAGGGUGCGCUGGCUAAGGAGCCCCCAAAGCUCACCUUCGAUGAGCUGAACAGCAGAACGUACAUGGAGAUCAAGGGGACUGGCAUUGCCAACCAGUGCCCGAUCAUUGGUGGGGGUGAGGAUGGUUUCAAGGUGAAGGCUGGCAAGUACACGCUGAAGAAGCUGUGCAUGGAGCCGACCUCCUUCACCGUGAAGGCGGAGUCGCAGUUCAAGGAUAAGCCCGUGGACUUCCAGAAGACGAAGCUCAUGACUAGGUUGACUUACACACUGGACGAAAUUGAGGGGCCGCUCGAUGUUGGCAAUGAUGGCAGCAUCAAGUUCGAGGAGAAGGACGGGAUCGAUUACGCAGCUGUGACCGUCCAGCUUCCAGGAGGCGAGAGGGUGCCCUUCCUGUUCACCAUCAAGGAGUUGGUGGCGACUGGAAACGCUAACUCUUUUGGCGGGCCAUUCUUGGUGCCUUCAUACCGGGGUUCUUCUUUCUUGGACCCUAAGGGCCGGGGUGGCUCUACCGGGUAUGACAACGCCGUGGCCCUGCCAGCGGGGGGUGCUGGUGACGAGGAGGAGCUUGGAAAGGAGAACACCAAGAACACUGAGGCCUUGCAAGGAAACAUCCAGUUCAGCGUUGCCAAGUCUAACCCCGAGACCCAGGAGCUCGCCGGAGUGUUUGAGAGCAUCCAGCCCUCCGACACGGAUCUCGGCUCAAAAGCCCCCAAGGAUGUAAAGAUCACCGGAAUCUGGUACGCUCAAUACGAAUAAGCUUUUUGUAGACUGAUUUAGUGACUUGCGGUAUUCUGGAGCAUAGCGGACGCACAUCUACUGCCAGGUCGCAAUGUGAACAAUCACUGGACACUUGCCAUAACAGCAGCCUUGAAAGUGCGGAGCUCUAGAAACUCGGAUCUUGUGUAUAGUGUGGGGUUGUUGAAGGCCAGUCCAAGUUGUUGCUACUCGUCCUGCUUAUGUUUCCUCUCGAGUUGUUCACAAGUCCAACCGCAAAACUGAGACUGAUUCAAUAAGGCAUCUGGGUUGCUUGCAGUCAACAAUGUUGGCAGUGUACGAACUCUUUGCCUUCCAUUCUUAUCGCACUUGCGACUUCCAACACAUUGAACUUAUAUGCUCUCCUGAGCCUGAAGCCUGAGUACUACAUACUCGGAGCAAAGUCAAACCUGACCUUCUUUGGUGGAGCAUGUAAGUUUUCAAGGCAAGCUAUUGGUCCGCCCAAUAUUCUAUAUGUACACACAACCAGGUUUCGUUCCAUCAUUCCAAGUUAC